AUGCAUCAUGAAAUCAGAUCAAAAAGUGUAGUCAAAAUGAAGCUAUUCGUGAUAGUUUUCUUCUCAAUUUUGUUUGAAAGUAGCAGCAGUGAACACAACAAGAAAUUAAGUAAAUUUGAAGAAAGUUUUCAAACAACACCAGCACCUGCUGAGUUAUGUCGAAUUUUACUACCAUUGGUAUAUGCAAAUCACAGUGAGAAACUUUGCCUAAGACUUUGGGAAACAAAAAACGUUAAAGCUGAUUGUGUUUUCGAAAGAAUGAAAAAUUCGGGGUUCAUUGACUUAGAAUUGAAAUUUGAAAUCUACACAAAUUCAAAUCAUCUCAGUAAUAUUAAUAGAAGAAAAAGAAUUUCUGAAGUGAUGAGAGAGCAACGCGAAAUAUUAAUCAACACAGCAAAAACAUGUAAAAGUGAUCCAACUUAUGGUGGAUUGUUUGAUGAGAUUCUCGGAAUAAAUAGUUCGAUAAUUUUUAUGCAAGAGAACAAUUGCCUUCUUAAAUAUGUGAUUGAGAACAAAUUUCUAUACGUGCACAGUGUGAAUACAAAUCUUAAGAAUAUUGACACAUCCAAAGUGGAAUGCAGCACAUUUAUAUUAAAAAGACAAAAUGAAACCGAAGAAAAGCUUUUAGAAGCUUUUCGAAAGCGUCAAUAUUCAAGUGAAGCUAUCGUUUGCCUUCUUCAGAAAUAUCACGAUGAGAAGAUUUUCGGAUGGAAUGUCGCUAAAAGUUUUCUUUUCAAACUCAACAUAUCAGAUUCUGCUAGAAAAUCUGAAGAUUGGAGAAUCAGCAAAAUUCUCUCUGACUUCAAUAAGAAAUCAUCAAAUUGUUUGUAUUCUUUCAAUUGGAGUCUUUUCAAAUGA